CGGAAGUAGGGCGGGUUCUGCCCUUAGUGUCGCAAUGAUCGACGUCGUAAGGGAAUAAACUCCCGCUUCAACAUGGCGGCGGUGCCAGACGAGGCGAGCGAGGCGGUGAAGACGGAGCCCGAGCUGCAGGAAGAUAUUAAAAGCGAUGGCCUGGGCUGCAACGAAUCCAGCGCCCCUGUGCUGGGCAAUGGAAAUGGGGCCUCCUCGAAGCCCCCGAGCCCUCAGACCGUGCCUCCCGCUGCCCCAGCGGCUGUUCCAGCCCAGGCAGCCGGGGCUGAGUUCCCUGACCGCCAGACCCUGCUCGCCGUGCUGCAGUUCCUCAAGAAGAGUAACCUGAAAGAUUCUGUGGAUAUCCUGAAGCGGGAAACCGGGCUUCUGGAUGCCGAUGAGGCCUCCACCCUGAGUCCGGAACAGUCCGGGGCGGCUGAUGGUGCUGGAGCCAGCCUGCUGAGCCGGGUGACUGCAGGCAGCGCGGGGCUCGCUAACUCGGCUGCAGCCGGCGCUGGGAAUGCCUCCAAUGCCUCUACCGUGAAGGUCUCUAUGAGCAGCGGCCCGCAGGACCAGCCGGAUGUCAGCGCUGUGUUGUCUGCUUACACGCAGCAAGGAGACCCUGCUAUGUACGAGGAGUAUUAUAGCGGCCUGAAGAGAUUUAUUGAGUCUGUGCUGGACUGUCACCGUGCGGAGCUGUCCCAGUUAUUCUACCCGUUGUUUGUGCACAUGUACCUGGAGCUGGUCUACAACCAGCACGAGAAAGAGGCAAAAUCUUUCUUUGACAAAUUUCACGGGGACCAGGAGUGUUAUUACGAAGACGACCUUCGCGUUUUAGCCAGCCUCUCAAAGAAGGAGCAUAUGAAAGGCAACGAGACCAUGCUGGAUUUUCGGACGAGUAAGUUUGUUUUGCGGAUCUCCCGUGACUCCUAUCAGCUCCUGAAGAGGCAUUUGCAAGAAAGGCAGAACAAUCAGAUCUGGAGCAUCGUCCAGGAGCACUUAUACAUCGACAUCUUUGAUGGGAUGCCGCGAAGCAAGCAGCAGAUCGACGCUAUGGUGGGCAGCUUGUCAGGAGAAGCAAAACGGGAAGCCAACAAAGUCAAGGUGUUUUACGGACUUCUGAAAGAGCCGGAGAUUGAGGUGCCUUUGGAUGACGAAGAUGAGGAAGGAGAAAAUGAAGAAGGCAAGCCGAAGAAAAAGAAGCCCAAAAAGGAUAGCGUUGGGUCAAAAAGCAAGAAACAAGACCCAAAUGCUCCUCCACAAAAUAGGAUUCCACUUCCAGAACUGAAAGACUCGGACAAGCUUGAUAAAAUUAUGAUAAUGAAGGAGGCUGCAAAGCGCGUCCGUCUUGGUCCAGACUGUCUGCCAUCGAUCUGUUUCUACACAUUUCUCAAUGCCUAUCAGGGCCUAACAGCGGUGGAUAUCACAGAUGACUCUAGUUUGAUUGCCGGGGGAUUUGCAGAUUCUACUGUCCGUGUUUGGAGUCUGACUCCCAAAAAACUGAGAAGUGUCAAAUCUGCAACAGAGCUUAGUCUUAUAGACAAGGAAUCUGACGAUGUUUUGGAGAGAAUAAUGGAUGAGAAAACUGCCUGUGAGAUGAAGGUUUUAUGUGGGCACAGUGGUCCUGUUUAUGCAACAAGCUUCAGUCCAGACAGGAAUUACUUGUUAUCCAGUUCAGAAGACGGAACUGUCCGCUUGUGGAGUCUUCAGACGUUCACUUGCUUGGUAGCUUAUAAAGGACACAAUUAUCCUGUGUGGGAUGCACAGUUCUCUCCAUACGGUUACUACUUUGUGUCUGGAGGUCAUGACAGAGUUGCCCGUUUAUGGGCUACAGACCACUAUCAGCCAUUGCGAAUAUUCGCCGGCCAUCUUGCUGAUGUGAUAUCAACUCGUUUCCAUCCGAACUCCAACUACGUUGCCACCGGUUCCACAGACCGAACGGUCAGAGUGUGGGAUGUAUUAACUGGGAACUGCGUGAGGAUCUUUACUGGGCAUAAGGGACCAAUUCAUGCAUUGACUUUUACUCCUAAUGGAAAAUUUCUCGCGUCUGGAGCGACCGAUGGCAGAGUUCUGCUGUGGGAUAUCGGCCAUGGUUUGAUGGUUGGAGAGCUGAAGGGCCACACGAAUACAGUCUAUGCACUUCGAUUUAGCAGAGAUGGGGAGAUUCUGGCAUCUGGUUCAACAGAUAAUACGGUGAAACUAUGGGAUGCCAUCAAAGCGUUUGAAGACUUGGAGACGGAUGACUUCACAACUUCAACCGGUCAUGUAAACUUACCUGAAAACUCACAGGACUUGUUGCUUGGAUCUUAUAUGACCAAAUCAACUUCAGUUAUACAUCUCCACUUCACCAGGCGAAACCUACUCCUCAGCGCUGGAGCCUUUACUUCGCAGGGAUAGCGAUGCACUUUAUCGUUCUAAUGCAAAAGAUUAUCUUCCAUUGUUCUGAUCAGCAAAUGGCUCUCAGAUGGGGAAAAAGGCUGAUAAAGCUGGAACGUUUCCAAAAUGGGGAACAGAUGUCAAUUUCUCCACGAUUUCCUGCCUCCUCCACGAUGCCUUGUUUGUACCAUAGACUUGCAAAAACUGCAGAUGCCCGAUAGCUUUGCAGCGAGCUGGGUUUAUAAAACUUAUAAGGGAAUUAUUUUCAGGGGUUUAAGCACAGGUUGCUUCCAGAAAAUGAAUGCCUUUCGGUGCGUUUAAUCCUAAUUUAUUAAGAGUGUUUUCUCUUUAACCUUUGGAUAAAAGGAGCAGUCUUUUACCUAUCGUAACUGAUCUUUAGCUUCCUGCACUGAUACUAGAGCUUUUCCGCCUCUUUCGAACAUAUGAUUUCACUAGUAGCACCCUCUUCUGAUGACUUACAGGUCUUGGGAACACGUUCAGUGACGACCGAGCCGUCUCCGGCUUCGUCAGUGCUGAUACACAUUAUUCGGGCCAGUUUGUUCCUUAGAAACGCUCAGGUAUUAGCCGAUUACAACUUUACGUACUUAAAGCUACCGAAGCUGACCGCAACUGGCUGGACAGACUAACCGUUACAAUGCUUAUACUUGUUAUUUGUUUAUGCAAGGAAUGGGAAGGCUGAACAGUUUUAUCUAAGCUUCACCAUUAAAGCUCCCCCUCCCCGUUAGCAGCAUAAGUGGCAUUAAUAUAUUGUCCUUUUUCAUGUAAAAACAGCAGCUGGGCCUCAAACCGUAACAAAGUCAUUUUGAUGCCAUUUCUACCUCUAAAUUAGAACAGUUGCAGCUCAGUGUAGGCAGCUACUGAGAUGUGAAUAGAUGCUGGAGCAAUAAGUAAGUUAUUUUGAGUCACCAGAAGGAAACGUGAAAGUGAACUAAAGACAUUUAUUUAAACAUAUACCUCCAACAUACUGUGCUAUGCUCAACUGUAACGUGAUCCAACAGACAGGACUCCACUGUCAUUUUGUACAGGCUUUUUUAACUUUAUAUUUUGUAAAUAAAGAAAAUACAAAUCCACAACAGUUUGGUUGUUUCUUGAAGACGAUGUUACUGUUUUCAUAGCUCCAGGCAG